GCCAGGGGCAGGCUAGAGGACAUUCCACCAAUAGCCUACCGCUUCCUGGUCAAGCAAGCAGCAGGAAGGGCAGCAAGGCAGCAAAGCAUUAAGAACAUCGUUGGCUGAACAAUACUACACACAUACCUACACACACACCCGUCCAUCUGGAAACACGGGACUGACUGUGCAUGCCAACACUGAUUGCGUUGCAGGAAGGGAGGUGCGUCUAGUGCAGUUGGAAGGAAGAGGUAAAUGGGUGGUGCUUGUGUGAAUAUCGUGGCGACCGAGUGGAGGUGUUUUGUAGGUGACUGUGUAUCAACAGAUGUGUCUGUGUCAUAGUAAAAGCACUGCGGCUGUUAAUCUGGACAGAAGCAGCUCGUUCGUAGGCUACACACUGUAGGUGACCUGACCGGGGAGAUCAUGGAGGACAGCCCUCCACACUUCCUCCAGCAGAAGGGCUAAGAGAAGCUUCCAGGCAACGCUGACUGACUGACUGACCGCUCUGCUCCCCCCAUGGCCAACAACAGCAGUCCAGCCCGGGGCCAGGGUCAGGGCCCCAUGGCCAACAGCAGUCCAUCCCAGCCUCAGGGCCAGGCCGGGGCUGUAGUGGAGUCCUUCUCCUCCCAGCCUGAUGUGGUGGUCUACUGCAAGCUGUGCCUUAGUGAGCACCCCUCAGCAGCAACCAGCACACUGCACACCUGUGACUGUGUCUUCUGCACCCUGUGUCUGCAGCAGUAUGUUCAGCUGGCCAUCCGGGAGGGUGGGGGCAGCCCAGUCACAUGUCCAGACAUGGCCUGUCAGAGGACGGGAGUCCUGCUCCACUCAGAGAUAGCCUGUUUUGCCCCUGCGGAUCAGGUGGAGCUGUACCAGCGGCUGGAGUUUGAACAAGGGGUGCAGCUGGACCCUAGUAGAGCAUGGUGCCCGGUGCUGGAGUGCCAGGCUGUCUGCAGCGUCGGGCCCAGCUCAGAGGGCCAGCCUACGUCCGUGCCCUGUCCAGCCUGCCACACUGUCUUCUGCUCUGGCUGUAGAGGGCCCUGGCAGGACGGGCACGCCUGCCCCGAGCACCAGCCUAUGACAUCAUCAUCACCUGACUCAGAGAGCAGGGGCCGGUCAUGCAGUGACUCUGAUCUGCCCAUCAAGCCGUGCCCCAUGUGUGGCGUGUACAUCGAGAGGAACCAGGGCUGUGCCCAGAUGCUGUGUAAGAGCUGCAAACACACUUUCUGCUGGUACUGUCUGCAGAACCUGGAUGGUGAUAUAUUUCUGAGGCACUAUGAUAAGGGGCCAUGCAGGAACAAGCUGGGCCACUCCCGAGCCUCCGUCAUGUGGAACAGAACACAGGUGGUGGGCAUCCUGGUUGGCGUCAGUGUCAUCGUGCUGGUGGCCUCGCCUCUCCUCCUGCUGGCUUCGCCCUGCAUCCUGUGCUGCCUGUGCAAGCCCUGCCGAGGCAACAAGAAGAGGAGGAGGAAGAAAGAGGUAACACAGACAGACAUACAGCCAGAACCCAGCCCCACCAAGUCAUAAAGAGAGACUGCUUCUACUUAGUCUCACCACGGUCUGGGAAUGGAUCCAUUCAGUCAAUUCAGGAACUGAUUUUAAUUCAUGAAUGGAAAAAUCUUCAUGGAAAAGAAUGGCUUAAUUUUCAACUCAUUCAUUGAAUUUGAAAUAAUGUAUUGAAUUGACAGAAUUGAAAAACUGGCUAGUACCCCGAUUCCCACCGUCUCACACACAUACAGUACAUGACCACUGUCUACCACCCUCAUGUUCCAAACGUCACGAUGCCAAACCAGUCUUGUUAGGUGCACAAGUGCCUCCAUCCUACAGUGCCUGGUAUUUGGUGAUAUUUGUUUUGCCUUCCAUUAUAUUAUGCAAAAAUGUGUGUUGUUUAUGAAAUGAACAACUGUAAGUAACAUAGGAAAAAUCCUUAACCAAUGAAAAACAUUGUUUCAUUAUGUGCUAUGGAAACUGCAUUGUUUACUGGGAGAAAAAUGUGGACGUUCCAAAUGGCACCCUAUUCCCUACAUAGUGCACUACCUUUGACCAGGCCCUGUGUGAGAGUGUGAUUUGAAGGA